AUGCUUCUGUUCAGGAGAGCACUGUCCUCUUCCUCGAGCAAGCUCCCUUCAGCGUCUUGCUUGCUGAGAGUCCCAGGGGACGUGGUGCGGCCGCGUCCAUCCAAUUCUUGCGGCGUGACGUCGACGUCGUCUUCUUCUAACGCCGGCGGGAGCGGCCGGAAGCUGGGGAUCCAUGUCUUACGCUGCCCUGUACGUGUUUGAUUUUGGUCUUCCGUGGAUCUCUCGGUGUGCUUAGCCCGUUCUGAAUCUGACGAGGCUCAUUGACGAGUUCUGAUCGUUCGGUGGUGGUGUCACAGGACGCAGUGGGGAUCGUUGCGAAGAUUUCAGAGUGCAUCGCGUCGCACGGAGGUAACAUACACGACGUCGACGUCUUUGUCCCCGAGGACAAGAGGAUCUUCUACUCCCGAAGGUCAGGCAUUCUCACACCUGACCAUGGAUUCAACGAUGACGUCUGUUUAUCGUACAUUGGUAGUCCCGUUUGCUUUCUGCGUCCGUUGCUCAGCUCUACUGGAGUUUUUCCUCUGGUUCAUGACUGGCUCAUCCACCACUGUCUUUUGCUUCCUAUAUCCAUUUCAAGAGCAUUAUCUUCCGUCAGGCAUUGAUCACCACCCUUUUUUUAUUAUUGAUUGGCUGUGAAUUCUCACAAUGUUUGGAAAAUUCUUGGCAGCGAAUUUGUGUUUGAUCCGGCAAAUUGGGCGCGGGAAACGAUGGAUACUGAUUUCUUCAAUAUAUCCAAAUUAUUCAAUGCCGACGUAUCUAUAGUUCGAGUCCCUGAUGUAGACCCAAAAUUCAAGAUCGCAGUUCUUGCUUCAAAGCAGGUUUCCCCCGCAACCCAGCAACAAUUGUUCUUGAACUGAACUGAACUGUUUCCACAUGCUAGGAGAAUGAUACAUGCUUCUUCCGGAAACGUGAUCUCUGGUGGUAUUAAUAUAUCAUUUAUUACAUGCUUCUUUGCCUUUCAUAUUAAUGUAUUAUUACGCAUAUUUCUUCAGGAUCAUUGUUUGGUGGAUAUAUUACAUGGAUGGCACGAUGGCAGGCUUCCAGUUCAGAUAAAAUGCGUCAUAAGGUGAAUUGAGAGAAGUUCAUCCGUUGGCAAAGCGCAGGACCCACGCCCAAUUUCCACUAAGUGGAUUGCUUUGUGCUCACAGCAAUCACGAGAGAGCUCCGAAGACCCAUUUGGUGAACUUUCUAGAGAGGGAUGGGAUCCCAUAUCAUUGCCUGAAGACAACCUCAGAAAAUAAGAGAGAAGAGGAGAUCCUGAGCUUGGUUGAAGGAACCGACUUUCUCGUCCUCGCUAGAUACAUGCAGGUAUUGCAUGUAUCCUCGUCAGGCAUUCAUUACUCUUUUUAUAACAGAGAGGAACCCUGCUUGAGUUCUUGUCAUGCCCUGGUUCAUUUUUUUUAUACGCUUUUAUAUAUUGGGCAUUAUAUUCUAUGUAUCCAAGGUUCUGUCUGCAAGAUUUCUGAAGCGCUACGGCAAAGAUGUGAUCAACAUUCAUCAUGGCCUUCUUCCGUCAUUCAAGGGCAUAAACCCUUCUAGGCAGGCUCGUCCUUCGUGCUCUCCCCCUGUUCAUAUUAACAGCUAGUAUCCUUCCAGUACUUCAAUUAUCUGUGAAUCUGCCAGGCAUACAACGCAGGAGUCAAACUGAUCGGCGCCACAAGCCACUUUGUGACUGAACCGCUCGACGAGGGUCCAAUUAUUGAGCAGAUGGUGACCCACCCUUUAUUUCCACAAAAAAUUACAUAAUUUCUCCAGUUUUGUGCCCUGUGUUGCUUAAAUUCGGCGUUGACUUUUAGAAAAUAAAGAAAAAAGAAGAGAAUAUUAUGCUCAUCAUCCUCUGAAACAGGUUGAACGAGUGUCCCACAGGGACAGCCUGCGGAGUUUUGUGCAGAAGUCAGAGGAACUAGAGAAGCAGUGCCUUGUCAAGGCAAUAAAGUCCUACUGUGAGCUGCGCGUUCUACCCGAUGAACUAAAGAAGACUGUUGUAUUCUAA